UCAGCUACAGGUGCUAUCCCGGCAGUAGACCCGCGGCCUCCGACGACGAAGGACCGCUCACUACAAACAUACGAUAGAAUGGACACCACUUAUUAUGACAGACUGACAAACUGAAUUCUUCUCGUAAACUCUCAAAUCUUAAUGCCAAUAACGCCUGUGAUCUUUUGUGACAAAUUCGUUCCAGGAAAUUUGCGUCUCAGAAAUCAACAGGCGCUCUCAUCUCGUAUUAUCUUUGUAUGUUAUAUUUUAAAGUUGUCCUUUUCUAUACUGUUGUUAAUGUUUCUGAUGUUGUAUCUUUAUUAAUAUAAGAUUAUAAGUACAAUAAGUCUAUGUUUAUUCAAGUGUUUCAAUCGAUUAUCAAAUUAUAAACGGUUAUGUGAAAAGUAACGUGAUGCGUAAAAACUCGGAUCUGAAGUAUUUUCUCGUGGAAACGCAAUAAAUAUAUACUGUAGACCAUGUUGAGUCCGAAGAUCCAACGCUCAAUCCGCGUCAACGACGGCCAGCUGAUAGCGUUGUCAGAGAGAGCCCAGUACGACCACUCACAGGCCGGGUACCUUCACAAACGAAGCUCCGACAAUACAAAAUGGCAGCUACGGUGGUUCAUACUGUAUCAGAACCUGUUGUUUUAUUACGAAUCGGAGAACAACACUCGUCCCACUGGUAUUCUGUUGCUAGAGGGCUCCUACUGCGAGAGACUUAGCAAAGCGCCGCUUGAGAGGAACGCUUCGUUCUGCUUUACAAUAUCGUAUCGUCGUGAGAGCCAGCGUCAGUACGAGCUGAGAGCCGCGUCUGAGGUAGACUGCUCCCACUGGGUCGACGCUAUCCGGGAGGCGAGUUUCAACAAGCUGUUGCAGCAGAAAGAGGAGCUGGAACAGAAGCAGCUGCAUCUUCUGCAGGUGGUGGAGAGCGAGCGAACCUCUCGCUGGCAGUACGCCCAACAGUGUGACGAACUAUCCAAUGAGGUCAAGAAACUGAGGACAGAGUUAUGUGCUUACAAGAAGGAACACGAGCCAGCAACACGAGCGGAAUCAACUACUAGCCUUUCACCCACUGACUCCGAGGAGAUCGAUCCCAACGAGUUGAGAAAGAUUAAAAAAGUUCAGAGCUUCUUCCGCGGUUGGCUAUGCAGGCGGCGUUGGAAGCAGAUUGUCGAACAGUAUAUCAAAAGUCCUCACGCUGAGAGUAUGAGGAAAAGAAAUAGUCUGGUCUUCAAGAUGGUGGAAGCUGAAGAGGAAUAUUUGGAACAGAUGGAGUGCUUGGUCACCUGCUUUUUAAGGCCUUUCAAAAUGGCAGCAAGCUCGAAAAAACCGCCCUGCACUCACGAGGAUGUCAACUCCAUCUUCCUCAACAGCGAAACUGUGUUGUUUUUACAUCAAAUAUUUUUCAAGGGAUUGACUUCCAGGAUGGAGUCAUGGCCGACACUCGUUUUAGGAGACCUUUUCGACAUGCUGUUGCCGAUGUUGACGAUCUACCAAGAAUACGUGCGGAACCACCACUACUCGCUACAGGUGCUCACGGAAUGCAAACAGAACCAGCCCUUCACGCAGCUUCUAGCACGUCUCGAGAGCAAACCGGCCUGCCAGUCGAGACUGCUGGAGACAUUCCUGACGUAUCCUAUGCAUCAGAUUCCUAGAUACAUCAUCACUCUGCACGAGUUAUUGGCACACACGCCACACGACCACGUGGAGCGGCGCAGCCUACAGCACGCCCGCGCUCAGCUCGAGGAACUGUCCAGACAAAUGCAUGAUGAGGUCAGCGAAACUGAAAAUUUGAGGAAGAAUCUAGCGGUGGAACGAAUGAUAAUUGAAGGAUGUGACAUACUGCUGGAUGUUAACCAAGUUUUCAUUCGACAAGGAACUCUCUCCCAAGUGGUAGGUAAAGGACGGCGAGCAAAUUUACAGGCUCGUCAGGCAUUUCUGUUCAGUAACCACUUGCUGUUGACGACACGAGCUGCUGGAGGACGUCUUCACCUGCCGCCAUCAGGACGUCUCCCGCUACAUGACGCACUGCUUAUUGAGGACCCCUCAAACCACGAAGAUGAUGAUUCCACAUCAGUUUGCUCAUCGCCUGGAGGAGAUCUCUAUCACGGCAAGGACUUUAAAAUACUCGUUGAAGUCAAGGGUGAACAAAUUUGUGCACAUUUAGUUGCAGCGACUUUGGAAGAUAAAGCGGCGUGGACAAGCGAGUUGGCCCAGUGUAUGGAGAGCGCUGCAUUAACUGAACUGUUACGAGCUUGCGGCUCAUGCGGUGCAGCAUCGGCAAGUCUCCCCGCUUGCAGGUCUGACAGAGCCCUGUUCACUGACGAUGUGGAUAUCAGGUUCAGCAGGACACUGAACUCCUGCAAGGUGCCGCAAAUUAGAUCGGCAACUCCGGAACGAUUGCUGCAAAGAUUGACGGAUCUGCGUUUCUUAUCUGUGGACUUCCUGAACACCUUCUUGUUGACGUACCGCGUCUUCACGGAUGGGGUCAAAGUACUAGAGGCUCUGAAGGCGGUGUUUUACGAGCAGUCACAGCAGGAGCUGGAGCUGGCGCCUCCUGAUACCACCAGGAAGGCUAGCGGGGCCAGCUCCGUCUCUGGUUAUGGAUCUGAAUAUAGCGACCGUGAUUGGCAGUCAAGAUUUUGGAGAACGUCUAGAAAAAGUGAAGAAGAUGAUAAAUUAUCACCGUAUCUAAUGGCGCCAUCGCGACGCACAUCCGCUGUUAAGGCUGAAGAAGAUAACAGCCAUCUUCAAAUACCAAAAAUAAUGGCCACCUCGUCCAGUAACGAAACACUGAAAGGCACGUCACCAUCUUCGCCUGGCGCUUUGAGUUCAGUGACUCUUGUGGGUAGUCCUAACAAAACCAGUCCAGUGGAACCAGCUAAAACUGAGAAAAAGUCACCGACUAAAGACAAUGAUACAGCAGCUGCUAUCAUGAAAGUAGAGAGCAUUGAGCUCGUCGAUCAAAGCGACGAAGACAUCAAGUAUAAAGAAGAAGAACCUGAGAAGAACAAGCAUAAGAUUGAUGAUAAAUUUAAAAUAUCCCAAAGAUUUUCAGAAGUUUGCAAUCAGCGUGUACGUACCAUGUCUGAGAGCCCGCGGCGCCUGCAGCCGGGGGCGGGCGGGGCUGCGUUGGCGGACGCGCGGCGCCGCUCCGAGGGGGCGCGGGAGGUUACUGAGACCGAGCCGAGGAGAGCCUCGGAUAUCGCCGCUCGAGCACUACCCAGACGGUCUGUCAGUGAGAGACGCUGUACAAACUCAUCCAUGAACAGCGAGCGUCGUCGGUACUGGGGCGGCUCAGAGCCGAGGACAUCUGUCACAUCUCAAGUGUCACAGAUGCAGAACUACCGCCGUGAAACCAGUCAACCGAAAGCCGGCGUUGUCAUAACCUCGUUCAGACAGUCGCACAGAAGGAGCAGCACAUCAACUGCGGCAGCAGCAUUUGCUGUGGCUACGUCAGCCUCUUCUAACCCGAGAUCACCACCGCCUACAUCACCGCCACAAAACAGACGCGAUUCUGUCAUCUCAACUGCGGCUACCAUGAGAGUGCUUAAUGUAUUAAGGCACUGGGUUUCAAAGCAUUCUUCGGACUUCUGGUCGGAUGAACGUCUCCGAGGUAUGACGAUGGAUUUCCUUAAAGAGAUCGAAGGCAGCCCUGGGCUACUGCCGGCUGAGCACAAAGCUGCUGCUCAAUUGCUUCGUCUUUUAGAACGCGCCCCGGACAGGGCAGUCGACUUGAAAGCUCUGUUCACCCCAUCAAAGAUACCGACCAAAGAGAGCAUAGAAACAUUAUCUGCUCUCGAGAUCGCCGAGCAGAUGACGUACUUGGAUUAUCAAAUAUUCAGCGCCAUCCACAGCGAGGAGUUCCUGAGCCAAGCCUGGACAAAAGCAGAUAAAGCUGAACGAGCUCCCCAUAUUGUAAUGAUGACUGGUCAUUUCAACCAUAUCUCUAACCUGGUGAUCUCCGAAAUCCUGAAGAAAUACACUCUUACAGGUCGUGUAUCGGCUAUCGAAAAAUGGGCAGCGGUUGCUGACAUUAUGCGAUGUUUGCACAACUUUAACGGAGUACUCCAAGUGUGUGCGGCUCUCUCUAACACGGCGGUGUACCGUCUCAAGAAGACUUGGGACAAAGUCUCUAAAACUACGAAACAGACUAUCGAGAAAAUGCAGAAUAUAAUAUCAUCGGAAUGCAGAUUUAGAAUUCUAAGAGAAUCUCUGCACAGAUGCGACCCGCCCUGCAUUCCGUACUUGGGUAUGUAUUUAUCGGAUUUGUCAUUCAUCGAAGAGGGCACGUCCAAUUACACUCCCGAUGGACUUCUGAACUUUUCAAAGAUGAGAAUGAUAGCACACGUGAUCCGAGAGAUCAGAAACUUUCAACAAACGCCGUACAAGAUCGACCACAUUCCCAAGGUAUGCGACUACCUCCUCGAGGAAUCCUUCAUUAUUCCCGAGGAGCGUCAGUUCACCCUCUCCUUGGAGCUGGAGCCGCGAGCCCCCCGUGGUUCCGCCGGUGGGCUGGUGGUGACCCCCACCACGCCCGCCUCUCCCGCCGCUCAACGCCGCCGGCGAGCAUCUUUGGCAGCGCUAGCACCUCUUGCGCAACUCCGCAACGAUCGCUAGACAACUUACGAAAUUAUUCCCAUAUCAUUAUUUUCCUUUGUUUCGAUGUCAGUGUUGUGUGCGUCAUUUCUAUUUUCGUUUAAUUAGAUCUUGCGUUUUAUAUUUCUUUCAAGUAUUCGUUCAGAUUUAAUGUUUUAAUACCUUUAUGGUAAUUAUUUUAUUGAGGAGGUGGUGAAAUGCUGCGGUAAUACAGAGGCAGUGCUAUAAUAAAGGAAAGACGUCUACCGAAUCUGCCAAAAAAAGCGAAAAGCAAAAAUAUAGUAUUCAUAAAUUCGAUAAAUUCUCAAGAGAAAAAAAAGAACUUCAGAAAAUAUGAAAAUAUCCUUAAGUCACGAUAGUAUCACCUAUCAAAGUAUUGAAGUCUAGAGGACAAUCUCAAUAAAAUAUUUGAGAUAAAUUAUCAUUGUGUUAAUUUCCGGAUGAAGACUUGUGAACUAUUCUCUUGAACAGAAAAAAAUAUACCAAGUAUCGUCAAUGCAAAAGUAGGUGCGAUGAGACUAAGCUGUACAAAGAGGUACCACCUGGUGGUAGACGCGAUCUAACGGUUUCCAUCCCGCAAUUUCUUUGCGAUCAAUAAAUAUAAUAAAUACGAAAUAAAGUAAAGGCUUCACAACGAUGGUGGACCUGCUGAAACCUUCUCAAGAACGGUAUUCAAGAAAAGUAAAAACAAGUCAAGUCAAGGAGAACAUAUACUCGUAAUUGUAUUACGAAAUGUAUACGCAUUUUACAACUAGUUACAAACCCUGUCUCCUGAUGGUUUAACAAACAGUCAACAGAUAUAACGACCCCAAAUAUUUUACUACCACAUUCAACACCUCAGGAAGACCAGGAACGUUCUCGGUAACCUCAGCCAUCCCAUCCCAGGUAAGUUGUAAAAAAAUUAAAUUAGACCAUCUAAUUAAAUUCUUAAUCACUGAAUCUCAAGAUACUUAGGUUUGGAAGAUAUAAAAAAAUUGUGAGACAUCUUUAAAAGACACAUCAGAACUACUUCAGAUGCACUUUAUAUAAGUGAAGAGAAAUUCUUGAAGUAAGAGAGGCACAACAUAUAGUGCUAGUGACUAGUGAGGAGUAGUUAAGACGUCUGUAUAUCAAAUGCUCAAAACAAGUCAAUUUCUUCGAUAAAAUACACGUUCAUUAACUUGUUACUUUAUGAUAAUAUUUGCUGUUAUAAAAUUACUGGAACUCGCGUAUUUGAAGAGAGUCAAUUAGUCUUAAAUGAUCUGAUGAUUUCAAUGUUCUUUGCUUUUAUUUUUAUACAUUUUAUUCAACUUAUUUUUUAUUUGUAUGAACAUAUACUUAACAAACGUUCACAAUACAAAUAAUAUCAAAAAAAAAUUACUAUUAAAUUUUCAGGUAAACCCUGGAUAUUGACAUAGUCUCUUACUAUUGUUACGAUAACGUUAUGCCACUAAACAUAUAUUAUCUUCUUUCAACCGUCCUUUCCAAGAUUACAGCUCGUCUCGCAUGACGUUUUCUGAAUUUGGGAGUUGUAAUUUUCAUUAAAAUUAUCCACUCAUCUUAUGGAGUAUACGUAAAACAAUUGUAAAGGCUGAAUGUGACAGUCUAGACUAGCGCGGUCCACGUUGCAGCCGCGUUUUACACCAGCUAUCCCGGACGACGACGUUUUCACUUAUACAACUGUUGUCAAACGAAACAGUUUGAUAUUUAAAUGAUGUUGAUCGAUAUAUUAUUUGUCUCAAGCGAUGCUCGUAGUAGUCGUAAGUAUUAAAUGUUGCAUUGAAAUACAACUAUUCAAUUAUUAUCGUGUUUGCGUGAAUUGUAAUAGUUCUAUUUCAGUUUGUUCUCCCAUUUUAAAUGUCUAAUGAAACCUAUGGUGAUUUCAAGUGAGAAUUCGUCUUAAGUCUUUUCUACACCCUUUUCUAUGUCAUUUAAUGUUAGUGUUAUUACUAGUCAUAUAUUAAUGUAUAGAUCUUUAUUAUUCUGUUGGAUGUUUGGCGAUUUUAUGAUGUGGACAUGUCUUACAAUCAAACGCCGACGAUAAUGGUCUUGUAUCACUGAACCGUGGCCGAAUGUAGCCGUGACAGUCACCGUAGUUGAAUUUGCCGCGUAAUAAAAAGUCUUCAGUCCGCCUUGAUGUUAGUUUAGCUAAUGAAUAUAGAUAAUAUUGAACAUACGUAUUUGAAUUCUCUUUACAAAACGAUCUUAUGAUAAUGUAUUUAAUAUUUUCCAAUAUUGAUCUUAUCAAACUUAUUAGUCGUAGUUUCUAUUGUUAGUGCGCAUUUUGCAUACAACCUAAUCGUACGUUGAAGCUUCUAUUUUACUACUCUCGACACUAGCAUUCUGAUUGGCUGUGACACAUUCGUAACUAUUUGAGCAAAAGUAUUUCUUAGUAUCGAACAAAUUUAACUUAUAAAGAAAAUAUUUAACUUAAAAACUUUAUUGAAAAUUAUUCAAAUCAGUCGGCAUCAGUAGGAAACUGUUGGCUUGCCACAAUUUUGCAUCGUGACACUACAUACGAAAGGUCUCAGCCGUUCGUUCAAUAGCUAACGUUAAUACUAUGAUGUGAGAAUAUUCAGACAUUAAAAACUAUUAACGUUCCGAGUGUAGUAACGAUUCAAACUUGGAGUAAGCAGACAACGCACGUAUCUUAUAAACUGUUAUUAUCCAUGAGUGAAAGUUAAUAAUUUCACAAAUGUUAUCUCUAAGCUUUGAACACUUAACUCGAAAAAAGAAAUUUCAUUCACGUACUUGUUGAAAUAUUAGUAAGUAAGCUGAAUGGUUGGUUCAAAAUUAAUAAAAUACAAAUAUAUAUAUAAUAUAUGCACAUUUUGAAAAUUGUGCACAAGGCGCUAGCCGAGAUGCGUAGCUCAAAACAUUAUUUGUAAAUACAAAUACUUGUUGCAUCCUGUCUGUCUUGUAAUGUGAACUUUACCGUCUCCUGAACACGCGAAUAUCUGAUUUUUAUUCUUAUGAAAUGUUCUAUGUCUACAGAUAUCUACCUCUACGCUUUAUUCUAAAAUAAAUAUAUGACAAAUAUUAUAUAAAAUUAAUCUUAUUACAUACCGGUCGGACAAUAUCGGGUUCUAUAUAUAAGAUAAUGUUUACUUAAAAUCUAUCUGUUAUAAUUCAAAUAUUUAUUUCCAAAUAAUAUAAAAUUAUGAAGAAAAUUAUAUCAGAUAAUAUAUUAAGUUAUCUAAUUAUAAUAAAUUAUGAAACAGUGUGAUUGUAUUUGAAAUCAAUUCUUACGUAUCUUACUAUAACUGAACGUCUAUUAAUAUAAAAUAAAGGCAUAUUAUUCCAUAAAUAUAAUAUUCUGUGAGAUACUUAUAUACAUAUAUUAAAUCUACGUCAUAUAUUUUUGUUAUAAAACAUUUGAGUUAUAAGUGUUACAUAUAGCUACACGUACUUGUCUCAUAUCUCAUCAACGGCCUUGAUGUUACCAUAUCAUGAUAUUGAUUCUCCCUAAGCCUUUGUAAAAUAAUUGUAAGUUUCCUAAUCGUGUCUCAGUAUUAUAGAAUUAUUAUGUAUUUGUAACCCCGACACGGUCAUGUCACACCCGGAAAGCAUCUUACAGCCUACGAAAGGAAAUAGUUUUGUUACAGCAUUCGUUUUUUUUUUUUUUUAUAAGUUUAAAACCUAAGAUUGUUCAUUGAAACCAGCCAGUAAGUGUUAUACUGAAGAGAAUAUUAUUAAAUCAAACAGAACACGUCUCACAAAUGUUUAAAAUAAAUCGAAUUAUCUAAAAUAUACAUAUUAUAACAAUUUAAAUCUUCUCACAAUUAGAUUUGCAGUAUAGUUGUAUUGUUUAUAGAAAAAUUGUUGAAGUAGAACCGUUUGGCCGUAACAAAAUCUUGUCGUGACGUCUUCAUAUCAUUCUACUUAUGGUAAAUUAGGUUUUAUUUUAUUGUAAACCUAAUACAGAAUGACAAGAGUAUAAAACACAGCUGGUGGGUGCGAUAUGGCAAUGAAUGUAUUAGGUUCCGUCAGCGGACACUAAUUGUAUGUGAAUAUAUUUAGUGAGAUAUAAUUCAUAUAUGCUUUCUAUUUUUGAUCGUUAUAUGUCCCCUCGUCACGCUCGUCUUCGAAACCCGAUCCCUAUACUGUAUUGUUGGUUCUUCUUAAUAAAGUUGUCAUUGUAUCAAGUUAUAAAA